GAGAGAGACCUGAGAGUCAAAGAGAUAGAAGGAAGGAAUGAGAAACUCCUGCACCAUCUGAGAUUAAUACAUUCACUUGAUUUUAAAACACCAGAUAACAGUUAGUCAAAGAGCUAUCAAGCGCAACAUCCAAAGAUGAGAGCUGUGCGGCGAUUUGCACUUUUGAUUUUCAUGUUGCUGGUGGUCUCCGACAGGCCAAGCCUGGCCGCUGGAGACAGGAGCGCUGACUCAACAGGACAACACACGGCCAGUGGUACCAAUCACAGUAGCAGGACAGAUCAUGGGGACUCUCACGAUGAACAUGGAGAGUCCAUCACCACCCUGCCCAUCGUCAGCUGGAAGUGGCACCAUGUCUCCACCCCGUACCUGGUGGCCGUAUGGAUCCUGGUCGGCUGGCUCUGCAAACUUGUUAUUGAGGCCAACCACCAUGUGACCAGCGUGAUCCCAGAGAGUGCUCUGUUAAUCUGCUUCGGCUUCAUCCUGGGUGGUAUCAUCUGGGGGGCGGAUAAUAAGCAGACCUUCACUUUGACGCCGACUGUCUUCUUCUUCUACCUGUUGCCACAAGUCAUCCUGGAUGCUGGCUACUUCAUGCCAAAUAAACUGUUCUUCAGCAACAUGGGUGCCAUCCUGACCUAUGCUGUCAUUGGGACCUGUUGGAAUGCCGCCACCGUGGGGCUCUCGCUGUGGGGGUGCCACAUGGGAGGUGCCAUGGGGGACAUUGAAAUCGGCCUGCUGCAGUACCUCCUGUUUGGCAGUCUGAUCGCUGCUGUGGACCCUGUGGCUGUGAUCGCCGUGUUUGAGGAGGUCCACGUCAAUGAGGUCCUCUUCAUCAUGGUGUUUGGAGAGUCACUCCUCAAUGAUGGAGUCACUGUGGUACUCUUCAAUGUGUUUGAUGCAUUUGUGUCCCUGGGAGGGUCUCAAAUUGAUGCGGUGGAGAUCAUCAAAGGGAUAAUCUCCUUCUUCGUAGUGGCGUUUGGUGGCUCUUUAGUAGGCUUUGUCUUUGGUCUGCUGAUCUCUCUGCUGACCAGAUGCACCAAAAACAUCCAGAUCAUUGAGCCAGGCUUUGUCUUUGUCCUGGGAUACCUCUCCUACCUCACAGCCGAGAUGCUCUCCUUGUCUGCCAUCCUUUCGAUUGUAUUCUGUGGCAUGUGCUGCCAGAAGUACAUCAAUGCGAACAUGGAUGAGAAGUCCGUUACCACCGUCAGAUAUGCCAUGAAGGUCUUGGCCAAUGGUUCAGAAACCAUCAUCUUUGUCUUCCUUGGCAUUUCGGCCAUUGACAAGGACAUAUGGGUGUGGAACACAGGCUUCAUCCUCCUCACGCUCCUCUUCAUCUUUGUGUACAGAUUCAUUGGUGUCUUUAUCCUUACUUGGAUUCUGAACAAAUUCAGACUAGUCCCGUUGGAGGUCAUUGAUCAGGUGAUUAUGAGUUACGGUGGCCUGCGAGGGGCAGUUGCAUAUGCCCUGGCCGUGAUGCUGGACGGCACCAAAAUAAAGGAGAAGAAUUUGAUGAUCUCUACCACACUCAUUGUGGUAUACUUCACCGUCAUCCUUCAGGGUAUAACUAUGAAACCCCUCGUAACGUGGCUGAAAGUAAAGAGAGCUGCUGUGUCAGAGCUCACGCUUAUAGAAAAAGUGCAGAAUAAGCUCUUCGACCACAUGCUUGUUGCCAUUGAAGACAUAUCUGGACAAAUAGGACACAACUACAUGAGAGACAAGUGGAAAAGUUUUGAAGAGAAGUGGAUUUCCUGGCUUUUGAUGAAACCCUCAGUAAGGAAGAACCGUGAUAACUUAUUUAAUGUCUUCCACCAACUGAAUCUCAAGGAUGCUACAAGCUACGUGAUAGAGGGUGAACGCAGGGGUUCUCUGGAGUUCAUCCGCAAUGACAGUGCCUUUGUUGACUUCAAGAAGAAGUUUGGUGAAGACCUCUAUGAAGUGAUGCCUGACAUCAUGAUGGAGGACACGUCUAGUGAACACGUACCAGUUUCCUCCAACUUUGGACACAGUGUGCCAUCAGUGAGCCUGGAUAUGCAUGAAAAGGAUCUGAAGAGCAUGAGGGAAUUAGAGGACAUUAACACACACCACUUACUCCAGCAGCAUCUCUACCGGGGCAGAAAACAGCACAGGCACAGGUACAGUAGAAGCCACAUAGAAGUUAACAAAGACGAAAAUGAGGUACAGGAGAUCUUCCAGAGGACCAUGAGAAAUCGUCUAGAGUCCUUUAAGUCUGCAAAGAUGGGUGUUGCUCCAUCAAAGAAGAUAACCAAGCACCCAAAGAAGGACCAGCAACAAAAGAUGCCAAAUGGAAACUCCAUGGACAAAAGUAAAACCCACCCAUAUGGCGAUGAAGACUUUGAGUUCACUGAGCCUGACAGUGCCUCUAGCGGUGAGGCUUCUGGUUGCUCAUUCCCCAUGAGGGUCAACUACAGAGCAGGAGCUGGAAUUGAGAACCCAGCCUUCAUGCCAGAGAUUGACCUCAUGGCACCAAUGCAAAUUCCACCAUGGCUAGCUGAUGCUGAAGUGGACAGCAGCACCGUGGCUCCAUCCCAGCGGGCCCAGGUGAGACUGCCGUGGACUCCGAGCAACUUCCGGCGCCUUGCUCCUCUACGCAUUAGCACACACUCGACGGACUCCUUCAUGAUAGUUGACAAUGCUGCUGCACAGGAGGGAAGAGGCGAUGAACCACCCCCACCUACGCAAGAUGGGACCCGCAUGUAACCCCCCCACCACCACCACCACCACCCCCAUUUUCAGACCACAAACUGUUAACCUUCUUCAACACUGACUCCUAAAUUGGUUGCAGAAGUCAUCAUGCAUAGCCUCAGACUUUGCAACGCCUCCUCCUAGUACAUUUACUACAAUGGAAUGUUUUCUUUUCCACUCCGUUGUUUAAUCACAAUCCUCAUUUUCUCGACAAAACAUUCACACACCCGUAACCUUUGUGCUCUUCUGAAGGAGUCUUUUGCUGCUGCAACUUCAUCCCUGACUGAGUGCGUGAGAAUGGCACGCGUUGGGCAAUAGCCAAAUAGCAUUCCAUUUACCAUGUUGAUAAUUAGCUCAUUUCGUUCUUGAAUAGGUAAUGCCAGACAUAACUGAGUUUAGUCUGUCUACAUAUUCACAUGAAGGAAAAAUAAAUAAGGCAGAAAUUUUGUAUGGAACCUGUUUGCUCCGUUUGCCUUGUCUGUUAUCCCUGAUUGUGAUACAGCGAUCUUUUUCAAGCAAUGUAGAUGUGUAUGUAAACUUAGCACAAAAAGUAAGGAAAUUUGUG